GAAGGAAGUAACUGGAAGUGAAGAGUCACCCUGACUGUUAGCCUCAGUCUGCUUUCUGGAAAGUGUUUUUGUUUGUGUGUCUAUGGGAAGGAAGAAAUGUUGUGAAAGGAGGCAGGCUAAAGCAGGCAGAGUGAGGUCUCCAAGGGAGAGUUUACAUAUUGAUUCCAAGGGAUUGCCCUUGGAGCUAUUGCCAGGCUACUUAGUUCUGUAUGCAGUGGUGUGUGAGCAGCAUUCCAAUGUGCAGGGAGGAAUCAGCACGCGCUCAGUAACGUACGCACAGAACUGUACUACUGCAAAGGGUGCAAGUCAGGCAAUGUAUAACGUGCGAGAGAGGCACAUAAAAUUAUAACACUACGUUCGGUGUUACUGCAGAGCAUCAGAAGGACAGACGUGGGUACUGCAAAAAGGACUUGAUGAGCAGAGUUCAGAAGAAAAGAAACACUAACUGCUGAAGGGUUCUGAAACUGCUUACUGGUUAAGAGUGGCAGAGAAAGUAGGCAAACCUGUGAACAGCUGGGCUUCUACUACUGCAGAGACUGACAAAGGAAAGGAGGGUAGACGGCAGAGGAACAGACGUGAGAGAAAGAAGCAGCAUAUAUUAACAGCUGGCAUCUCCAAUAAACAAAGAUGAAGUGGAACUUAUUUCACAAGCCAGAGGCAGUAGCAGCCCCAGUCACCACCACGGUGACACCUAUCCUUAUGACAUCGACAGACAACAGCACAAAUGCCGGGGGCCCGGAAGAGCCCAAGAAGGACUCAUUUGAAGAUCUAAAAGAAAAAUUUAUGAAUGUAAUCAACAAAGUCCCAUUGCCGCCCUGGGCGUUGAUCGCCAUUGCUGUCGUUGCAGCCCUUUUAAUUCUGGCAUGUUGUUUCUGUAUCUGCAAGAAGUGCUGCUGCAAGAAAAAGAAGAACAAGAAAGAAAAAGGCAAAGGAGGGAAGAAUGCUUUGAACAUGAAGGACAUGAAGGGUUCAGGCAAUCAGGAUGACGAAGAUGAUGCAGAAACAGGGUUAACAGAGGGUGAGGAUAAAGAAGAAGAGCCAAAGGAAGAAGAGAAGCUGGGUAAACUUCAGUUCUCUCUGGAUUAUGACUUCCAGAAUAACCAGCUAACAGUUGGCAUAAUCCAGGCAGCGGAGCUUCCAGCCCUGGACAUGGGUGGUACGUCAGAUCCAUAUGUGAAGGUCUACCUCCUUCCAGACAAGAAGAAGAAAUAUGAUACCAAAGUUCACAAGAAGACCCUCAACCCUGUCUUCAAUGAGACCUUCACGUUUAAGGUGCCUUAUCAGGAACUUGGAGGCAAGACCUUGGUAAUGGCCAUUUAUGACUUUGACCGAUUUUCUAAGCAUGACAUCAUUGGAGAGGUGAAGCUGCCCAUGAACACAGUCGACUUGGGACAGCCCAUUGAAGAAUGGCGAGACCUUCAGAGUGCAGAGAAAGAGGAGCCUGAGAAGCUUGGUGACAUUUGCUGUUCCCUACGCUAUGUUCCUACAGCUGGGAAGCUCACUGUGUGUAUUCUGGAAGCAAAGAACUUAAAAAAGAUGGAUGUCGGUGGCCUGUCUGAUCCGUAUGUGAAGAUCCAUCUCAUACAAAAUGGCAAAAAGUUGAAGAAGAAGAAGACGACGGUUAAGAAGAAGACACUGAACCCUUACUUCAAUGAAUCCUUCAGUUUUGAGAUACCUUUUGAACAGAUGCAGAAAGUACUGGUGGUGGUAACAGUCCUGGAUUAUGACAAGCUGGGCAAGAAUGAAGCCAUUGGAAAGAUUUUUGUUGGCAGUCAAGCUAGUGGGACAGAGCUACGGCAUUGGUCAGAUAUGUUGGCCAAUCCUCGACGACCCAUUGCUCAGUGGCACUCCCUCAAGCCAGAAGAAGAGGUGGAUGCCACUCUCGUUGGCUUGGGUGCCAAGAAGUGAAGCGAAUGUAUUAACUCACACCAUUUUAUGAACAGCCCAUCAAUCCACUACUAUCAAUACCUCACGUAUGCAACCUUCGUCUUUUUUUUUUAACAAGAAACCCUCUGAUGGCUGCAGAUGGUUCCAGUUUCCCCUGCACUGUGGCCUAACCAAUCAUCAGCAGAGGCUGCAGUCCGGUAACAGAGUGGUCCCAGCACAGACUCUCAGGUUCUGACACAGCUUGAAGAAGUUUAAGAAACAUGCCUCCUAACAGCCUGAUUGAAGAAGAACGAUGCUGCCUGGUGACGGGCAUCAUCUUUUUGCUAUAUGAAGUGGGAACAUGAGAGGAAGUACGAUUUGUCAUACAUGCAGCACAGGGUUAUGUAUGUGGUUCCAUCUGUUCAACUCCAGGCUUUGUAACUGAAGAACUAAGCUCAGUGCAGCAGUCAGCCAGUCAGAAACCUGUAAGGACUACACAACCAGUAUGCAUAUUAAAAGCCAUAUUGCCUAGUCAGAAUAUACAAUAUGCCAUGACUAGGCAACUAAACACUCAAACUACAAUGAUUAGUCAAGCAGGUGAUAGUCCAUAAUGAGAUGAGAUUAGUCAACCAGUCAAACUUGUGUAGCAGAUGGGUCACUUAUAAUACCAGUUACAACCAAAGUGUUGAAACGUACCUGACCAAAUGAUUUACCAGUGAUUUCUAAAGAACUAAAGUAAUCAGUUACUAAGUAUGCAAUAGCAGUUAACAAACAAAAAGUAUUGCAUCAGUCAGUUAAUGCUUAACUUGUGGAUUGCUCUAAAAAUAGACCUUCUUUAAUGUGCCAAGAUGAUUCAUGAGAACAUAGGUAUACUCAAAGUCAUUCAUAUAGCUGCCACUGAUCCAAAAACUCUUUAUUAAAGUGAGCAGUUUCAUUUGGUGUAAUCACCAAACUUCAUCAGACGUUAAAUAAUUUAAAGCCAUUUAUAUACUAUUAUGUCACAAACUAAUUAAAUCCAGCAGCCAGUCACACAGAUUAUGAGUUACACACCAUGGUUUUCCAACUCCAACAAUACUAUAAAUUAGUUUAAAAACCAAGCAUAUUGCCUAAAAUGCUUCAUAAAAUAUAAAUCAUAAACGUAAACAAAAAACACUUAUAUUGAGUAAUACUAAAUCCAAAAUAAAAUAAAAUACCCUAUCUAUCAAAAAACAUAUGUUUCAAUAAACUAGAAAUGGAUGCUGUUUCAUUUAAGCCUGGUGGGACAUUAGCAUUCAAAUAAAUCUGCCACCAGACUUUGUUUUCUUCCGGCUAUAACUUCCAUGGACCCCCUCGGGAAUCACUUUUAAUCUGAUGUAAAACUGCAAACUUGAAUGAAUGUUGAGGAUACACCUUAAUAUGUCUCUAUAGUGCAUUGUUUUCAUUUUGAUGUCUAAUCUCAUAAUGAUGUUCAUAAAUCCUUUGUGCCAGCUUAUGCUGGGUCUUGCCAAUAUAAAACAUGGUGCAAAAAGAGCACACAGUAAUAUAGACCACUGCCCAAGAGUAACAACUGUAUCUUGCCCAUAUCUUAAUAACCUUGUCACGUAUUUUUAUGUCAGACACAGCAAGAAUAUGAGAACACUGGUGGCACAUGCCAGAAGGGACCAUCCUGCCAACCCUAGAUUAAUUAUCUUGACUCUCCAAGAUAUUCUUUAUGUUUGCACCCCUACAAUAUACCACCUUGGGGUAAUCACCUAGGAUGUCCACCAUAUUAUGUUCACUCCUGAUUAUAUUUAAUUUUUAUUUAAAAUAUAAUGAAUUGUAGGGCUAUAAGAACAAAAUGUAGUAACAAAAGGACAGAAUGGUUCACUCACACUAGGUGCAUUAACAUUAUCGGCAUUCGUCUCACCAGGUACUACAAGAGGAGCUUCAUUACCAAAGGUUGCAUUAAACAAUUCCGGGGAGUCGCACCCAUAUUUACUUAUUAAUGGUUGAUAUAUACCUAUUCUACACUUCAUGAUAACUUCCUCUCUUACAUUGUUAACAAAAGAUAAAGGAUACCCACGGUCUAGGAACAUUUUAACCAUGUUAGUACAUUCAUCCAGAAAAUCAUUAUAUUCAGACACCAUACAAGCUGCUCUCACUAAUUGACCUUUGAUAGUACCACAUUUCACAUGUGGAGGAUGGUUACUGGUGUAAUGCAAAUAACUGUUCGAAUACAUUGGCUUUCUGUGUGUAGUGGACUUAAUUGCCCCAUUGCCAACCUUAGAAAUGAAAACAUCCAAGUAUGGAAUUUUAUCAGUGUCAACAGUGUAAGUAAACUGCAAAAAUUUGGUCGUAGAAUUAAUGUAGUCAAUAAACUGGGGAAUCAUGUCCAAAGGACCCUUCCAGGCAAUAAAUAAAUAGUCCAAAUAACAAAUAUACAUUCAUAUAUAUUCGUGGUAAGUGCUAGAAAACACAAAGCAUUUUUCCCAUCAUGCCAUUAUUAUAUUGGCAAAAAGCGGGCCACAGGCUGACCUCAUGGCAACCCUCAUUAAUUGCUUGAAAUAAUGUCCUUCAAAAUGUAUAUAAUUGUUAUUCAGUACGAGUUCUAUCAAUUGGAAAUAAGUAUUGAUAGAACUCUGGUCUAAUCCUAACUCAUGAUGUAAAAAAAAACGCUUGUGUUUCCAUCACCUGCUUUGUUGUUUUACAAGUUGUACAUUCUUUUGUCUUUCCUAGCUGCCACUGAUCUACCAAACUGCCGUGCUAUAUUCAAUUAAUGAACUGCAUGAAAAGCACUUUAGAUAAAUUCAACCUUUGAGAGCUAUCACAUUCCAGAAACACUCAAGUCAGACAUUUCAUCAAGUGUUUUCAGCUUUUGCAUUCCUCCUGACUCAUGCAAUGUUAGUUACGAUUGAUCAACACACCCAGGUCUCCGAUUAUCCAAGAACAACAAAAGUAAAGGUUAUGUUGCUCAUUUUUUCAGAUGCCAUUGAGAUGGGACACUUCUAGUUGAAUCAUGAAGUUUUUCUAGAACAAUCUGCACCCUCAAUCAGUGCAAAAGCCCAGUUUUCCCUUUACUAACAAAUUAAAUUAAUCUGUGAUUUUAAAAAUGAA